CUGUCUAGUUUACAAGUUUACAGAGGGGCAGGAGCCUGAGAGAUUGAGUUAGAAGUGUCGUUAGUCGUUACUGUGGUUUUGAUCGAAUUGAAAAUUUGUUCACUGAAUUUUAAGAUACGCUGUUUAAAUCUUAGUAUUAACUAUUAUUAGUUUGAUUACUACUUACCAAUGAGUAAAGAGUAAUUAAUAACAAGCAAUAUGGUUAGAUUUAAACACAGAUACUUCACUGUGGAGAUAAUUCCUGAUCACUUGCCAAAUUCAGAGAGUUUUAAAAUUAACUCCCAUGAGCUCACGAAAGGAAUUUUAAACUGCAUCCAAGAACUUCAUGGUGACUUCGGUGUUGCAGCAGUCACAUCCGGAUUUAAAGCCAAAUACUGUAAUCCGGCUACAAGAAUAGGAGUGAUAAGAUCAAGACAUGGGCCCCACCGUCUUGUGGCAAGCAGUUUACCGUUCAUGAAAUCUCUUCAUAAUAAACCAGUCACGUUACGCACCUUGUAUACUGGAGCAACAUUGAAGCAGUGUUUCAAGUUUGCUGUGGCGUACCAAAAGAAAGAGUUAAUGAAGGUCUGGAACUCUCUUCCGAACAAUAAAGCAAGAGAUGCUCUUAAGAAAAGCUUCAUGGAUCUGUCAGCCUUUCAAGAGAUGGAAUUGAGCAUCAAAGUUUUGACUGAUCUCAACAGUGAGGCUGAUGCUGCAGAAUAACUAAUGUAUAAUAUUCAUAGUAGAAAAAAGAACUGUGAUAUUUAUUUAUGCGGACAAAUGGUGUUGCUCACUUUCAAGGUUGGACCCUUGAAGGUUUCAUGAAAGUAUGUCCAUUCUCUCCAGGAUCAUAUUUUUGUUUUUUCGAUUAUUUUGUAGACUUUUCACAGUUACAAAAAUUAACUAUAAAAAAUUUAUCUUUUUGACCUAUUUUUGAAACGUAAGUGCUCACAGAAACUACUGAAGCUGUCCUGUCAGCUCCAAAUUAGUAGUUACAUCUUGUCAAUAUACUGUCAAGCAUGCAUUCUCAGAAAAUACUGCAGUUCUAUCUAAGACCUAUACUAACUGCUAGCCCCAUAGGGUUAAAAACUGAAUUUUUUCCACUGUUAAAUAACAGUUUCUUGAUGAGUUUAACUGUCAUCAAAAUACUUCAAAUGUUGCAGAUUUUAUUUAGAAUUACAUUGUAAAUAAAAUAUUUUUACAUAUAA